UGCAGUUCGGAAUUGAUGUGGGUUGUAUUGGCAGGCUGCGCUUAUUGAAGGAAGAAAGAUUAACGUUAAACGCUGUGCUUGAUUGUUGCUGUCUGUGUCUGAAGAGGAUAUGUAUUAUCUUUUUAACGUUAAUUGCUGAGUAAUUUUUUAAAACGUAUAUGUAACAUAUUUUAUAGUAUGUUUUGUCUAUUUAUGUCUACUGUAAUUACAGAGCUCGCUACAAAUAUUUAAUGGUGAGAAUCUGAGGUUUGCCGCCACACCGUGUGUCAGCACAUUAGACGUGAGAAGAGAAGAAAGUAUUUCAUUGUUUGGCUCGUUGGCUCAUUUUCCACUUCAGCGUGCGGCACAUCAGAUUGUCUAAAAUGCAGCGACUUCAGGCUUUGGCAAACAGAUCCUUGGCUGCAGGUGCUUUAAACCGGCAUCCUAACCCGUUGCCGGUAAAGGCGUUGAAACUACCGUUUUGUGCACAGACGGUAAGAUUCAAAACCCACAGAUUCAUUGAUCAGUCCGGGUUAAAGCGGUUUAGCACGGCCGAGGCCACGGUGGCUGCCAGAGACAAUGGGAAAGUGCGAGAGAAGACCCUUACGAUGGAGACGCUGAACCCGCAGGUGAAAGCCGUGGAGUACGCCGUGAGAGGACCGAUCGUCAUCAAAGCUGGGGAAAUUGAAAGAGGGCUACAGCAGGGAAUGAAGCAGCCGUUUACUGAGGUCAUCAAAGCCAACAUUGGGGACGCACACGCCAUGGGACAACAGCCAAUCACCUUCCUCAGGCAGGUGGUGGCUCUGUGCACAUGCCCAGAACUGCUGGACAGCCCCGUAUUUCCGGAGGAUGCCAAAGUACGAGCACGGCGCAUCCUGCAGGGCUGUGGGGGACACAGCAUAGGGUCGUACAGCGCAAGCCAAGGGGUCGACUGCAUCCGGCAGGAUGUCGCUGCGUAUGUGGAGCAGAGGGACCAGGGUGUGCCCGCCAGCUGGGACAACAUUUACCUCACAACCGGAGCUAGUGACGGGAUCAUGAGCAUUCUGAAGCUGCUGGUGUCAGGGGAGAGACCGUCCCGCACCGGAGUGAUGAUCCCCAUCCCCCAGUACCCCCUGUAUUCGGCGGCCAUCGCUGAGCUGGACGCCGUCCAGGUCAACUACUACCUGGACGAAGACAACUGCUGGGCGCUGGAUGUCAACGAGCUGCACAGGGCCCUUCAGGAAGCCAAGCAAUACUGCAAUCCCAGGGUGCUUUGCAUCAUCAACCCCGGGAACCCUACAGGUCAGGUUCAGAGCAGGAAGUGCAUUGAGGACGUCCUGCACUUCGCUUAUGAGGAGAAGCUGUUCGUUCUGUCCGAUGAGGUGUACCAGGACAACAUCUACUCCCCGGACUGCCAGUUCCAUUCCUUCAAGAAGGUUCUGUAUGAAAUGGGCCCAGAGCACUUCAACAGCGUGGAGCUGGCCUCGUUCCACUCCACCUCUAAGGGCUACACGGGAGAGUGUGGCUUCAGAGGGGGUUACAUGGAGGUGAUCAACCUUGACCCAGACGUGAAGGCCCAGCUGGUGAAGCUGCUGUCGGUACGGCUCUGCCCCCCAGUGUCGGGACAGGCUGCCAUGGACAUCAUCGUCAACCCCCCAAGCCCCGGGGAGCCCUCCUUUCCACAGUUUCUCAAGGAGAAGACGGCAGUGCUCGGUGCGCUGGCAGAGAAGGCUAAGCUGACGGAGCAGAUUCUCAAUGCGGUCCCGGGGAUCAAGUGUAACCCUGUGCAGGGCGCCAUGUACGCCUUCCCCCGCAUCUUCAUCCCCCCCAGGGCAGUGGAGGAGGCCAAGGUGUUGGGGAUGUCCCCGGACAUGCUGUAUUGCCUGCGGCUCUUGGAGGAAACGGGAAUCUGCGUCGUCCCCGGCAGCGGAUUCGGCCAGAAGGAGGGGACCUACCAUUUCAGAAUGACCAUUCUUCCCUCGACUGAGAAGCUGAAAUUACUCCUGGAAAAAGUCCAGGACUUCCAUGUGAAGUUUCUAAAGGAAUACGCAUCCCUGGAUGAGCCUUUGAUAUGAGCAGAC